AUGGGCUGGUCGCUCGCGGUGCCCGUUUUCCAGCGCAUCCACCGACGACUGCGCCGCCUGGCGCCGCCCCUCGGGGCGGGGCUUCCCUCAGACGGGGAGUGGCGCAAGGAUUGCGCGCGGCCCCUGGUCGAGGCAGGCAGCGGCCAGGACGCUGGCUGGUGGCAGGUCUACAUCGACGACUUCGAUGCGCCGGAGAUCGUCGAGGAGGUCCGCGCCAGCUACGAGAGGGCAAGCGUCUCCUUCUCGGCCGAGAAGGCGCACUGCAGGCAGCUGAGGGUCGAGCGCAUGGGCGCGGACGUCGACGGCGUCAGCGGGCGCCUCGCGGUCCCCGCUGCCAAGGCGCUGGCCACUGCGGGCCUCUGCUUGGCCGCGGUGCAGCGGCGCCUGGUCCCGUGGCGCGUGGCCAUGGCGGCCCUCGGCAAGCUCGUGAGGGCCUUCGAGUUCAGGCGGCCGCUUUUCGGGGUCCUGAACUCCGUCUGGACGUUGGCUGCGUCCUCAGCGCAGGGGGCUUACCUGGACGCAGAGAUGGUGGAAGAGCUCCUCAUGGGCGUGAUGGUCCUGCCGCUGGCCGCCUCCUCGCUGCGGGCGCGCAUCGACGGCGUGGUCACGUCCUCGGACGCGUCGGAGAUGGGCGGCGGCGUGUGCACGUCAGCUGGCCUGCGCGAGGAUGUCGCCGCCGCCUUGCAGGUGCCGAGGACGGUCCCCGACCAGCUGGGGAUAGGGGCCAGGCUCCUCAACAUGCCCGAGGACCCCGCCCGACCGUGGGCGGCAGCCAACCCACGCGUCCCCGCCAGGGCAGUCCGCAGGGUGCUGUCGGUGCUGCUCAUCGGCCUGUUCGACGGCAUCGGAGGCCUCGCCGUCGCCUUCUCGAGGCUGCCCGUCCGCAUCGCGGCCUUCGUCGCGGCCGAGACGGACGCCAAGGCGAGGCGCGUUGUCAGACUCCGCUGGCCAGGUGUCAUCGACUGGGGCGACGUCGCCCGUGUGGGCAGCGAGACGGUGCGGGAUUUGUUCGAGGCGUUCGGCGGCCUCGUCGACCUGGUGGUGGUCGCAGCGGGCAGCCCCUGCCAGGACCUGUCACGCCUCAACGUCGGCGGGCGCGGCCUCAGCGGCAGGAAGUCCUCGCUGUUCCACGAGGUGCCACGCAUCCUGGCUCUCCUCGCCGCCGUCUUCAAGGACAGGCUCGUUUGGUUCGUGGAGAACGUGGCCAGCAUGUCCGACGCCAACGUGGAGCUGAUCUCGGAGGCGCUGCAGGUGAGGCCGACGCUGGUGUGCUCGUCGGUGUUCGUGCCGUGUCGCAGGCCGCGCCUGUUCUGGACGAGCUGGGGCGUCACCGCAUCGGCGCCUCUUCGGCUGACCGACCGCGGGGUCUACGACGAGCUGGUGGGCCCUGGCGUCCCGCUCAUGGACCUCGCGUGGGAGGACGAGGGCUGCUCUUGGCCAGGGAGACCAAGGUGCUUCCCCACGCUCGUCUGCUGCAGGCCUCAGCCCUCCUUCCCCUUUGCCCCGCGUGGCUUCGCGGCUGCAUCGGAGACGGCUCGUCAAAGGUGGGCUGCGGACGGGCACAGGUAUCAUGUGGCUUUGUACGAGGACAACAACAUGAUCUGCAUCUCCUCGUUCCCUUUCCUGCUCCUCCCCACCAGCGAGGAGAGGGAGCGGCUCCUUGGCUUUGAUGUGGGGUACACCUCCCUAGCCACCAAGGGCUCGAACCCUCGGGGCGCCUCCGACGCCAGGGCCUUCCUCCUCGGCAACAGCUUCAGUAUUCACGUCGUGGCAUGGUUGUGCCACCAGCUCCUGCACCGCCGCGGCGCGCUGAACAGGGAGCUGUCGAUAGAGGAGGUGUCCCCCGUCCGCGUGUGCCGGGCGACGUGGGACCAGGCGGGGGCCUUCGUCACGGAGCCAGGAGAACGGGACACCGCGGAGGCGAGGCAGCUGGUCCUGCACUACCUCAGCCGCGCGGAGAAGGGCGGGUCGGACGUCAGGCUGGACUACGGCGUCCCCUACCGCCCGAGAGGUUGGCCGAGGACGAGCCUGGACCCGUUCGUGUGGAAGUGGCGCGUGGUGGUCAGCAUGGCGUGGCCUGGCCGGAACUCCACCCACAUAAACGUGAGAGAGUUGCAGGCGGCCACGGCGGCGAUCAGGUGGCGCGCCCGCAAGGUGGUCGCGGCCAUCGUGACGAAGGGCCGCAGCAGCAGCAGGAAGCUACAGCCCAUCCUGAGGCGCUGGAUGGCCGUCGUCGUGGCGGCCGACAUGUACCCACUGAUCGGCUACGUGGUCUCAGAGGACAACCCUGCGGACGAGCCGUCGAGGGGGCUGCUGUGGCCCGCGCCCGUGAGACGCCGCGGGACGCGCUGCCAGACUCUCUCUUCCCUGAGGGUGUCAGCGGAGACGCGGCGGCGCUACGGGCGGGCCCUGCGCGCGCUGCUGGCCCACUUUGGGGCCGAGCAGGCGGGGGCGGACGCCUUGCGCGGCGACCCCGAGGACGCAGACGCCCUCGUCGCGGAGUACCUCGAAGGCCUGUGGGCCUCUGGUGCGGGCAUCGCGGCCGCCAACAACACGCUGGCGGGGGUGUGCUUCGCGGCGCCUCGUCUGAGGCGACACCUCGACCUGAGCUGGACUCUCCUCAAGGCAUGGAGGCAUCAUGAGCCAGCGUCCAGGGUGCUGCCGCUCACGACCGAGGCCGUCGCGGCCAUGGCAGGGUUCGCGUGCGCUGCAGGUGCUUUCGACGUGGCCGCCCUCCUUCUCGUCGGCUUCGAGGGCAUGCUCCGAGGCGCGGAGGUGUUUGCCCUGGCGGUGGGCGACAUCGUCGACCGCGGCGAGCUGUUCAUAGUCCGCAUCAGCUCGUCCAAGACCACGGCGGGCAAGGACUGCGCGGAGGCAGUCGUCGUCCGCAGCAGGAUGGCCGCGGCGCUCCUGCGGAUUGCGGUCCGCGGCCUGGGUGCAGGCGCGCGGCUCUCAUGGAGGACGCCGUCCCAGCUGCGUGGUGCCCUCCGCGCCUUGGCGAGGGGCCUGGGCCUGGCGGGGCCCAUCACGUGGCACAGCCUGCGACGUGGCGGGGCGAGCGCCUUCUUCGUCAGGAGCGGCUCCAUGGAGGCGACCCUCGUGGCGGGUCGGUGGGCCUCCUCCGCCACCGCACGCCUGUACAUCGAGGGCGCGGUGGCCGACUCAGUGCGCGCCCGGCCCGGGAGCGAGGCAGCCCGCGCCCUUGCGCGGGGACUGCGGCUCCUGCAGCUGGCCACU